AGCACUGGCUAAGGACAGAUGCAAAACUCCAGAUUCCCCGGAAGGCGCCCGUCAAGCCACCACACCUUUAUCACCUUCACAGUCUUCACCAACUCGUAACCCCGUUAACGGAUCACCUUCGCCCAUAAACAACGGAAGUGCGGACAGCUUGACCCCACCCCUGCCAGCCUCAGCAGCUCUUUCUGUCAAUUUGGACGCAGCUAGAAUAAACGUCGAUCAACAAUUUAACAUCCAUGGUGCAUACGUUAACACAAGACAGCUGGUAAAGGUGAAGAGAUUCUUGAGCACCCUGGUGCAGUUUGGUUGCGAUAUUGGACACGAUGUCGGUGAAAGAGUCAGAAGUCUGGUGUUGAGUUUAGUUAGUUCAAAUUUAAGUAUAGAGGAUUUCCAUAGUUCAUUGCAAGACGUAACGAAUUUUCCAUUACGACCGUUUGUGUUGCCGUUCCUGAGGACCCAUCUUCCCUUGUUACAGCGGGAAAUUCACGGACUGGCCAGAACGAAUAAACAGUCUGCUUUGCAAUACGUCCGUACUCACGAACACGUCAUAAUGGAUCCAACUCACUCUCCCUCAGAGGCGUCGGAAAUUUUUCUACCAAACGACAUUCAACCAAUCACAGGAAACAAAAGAAGGCCAUCUGACAGCAUUUACGAAAACGGAUUAAACGGGCAACCGCCACCGGAUUCGCAGGACUACCUGCCGCCAGUGAAACGCCCUGCUCCUCAGAACGCAUUCAUGUUCCCCCAUCAACACAGUCUAUUUCUUCCGAAUACAUCGGCCUCUGUGCCAAACUCGCAGUUUUUUGAAUACGGUCAUCACACAUCCGCACAUCAAACUCAAAGAAAUGAAGAUAACAACACAGGCAACAGAGGAGACGAAGAGGCAUUGACAAUUCUUCAGCAAAGAAACAACCAAGAACUAACGGCAGAAUGGUUAAGAAAACAAGAUGUCAGUGUCGAUUUGAAAAAAGCCGCCAACGAAAUCAUGGUUCAAGCAGUAAGACAAACUGAAGAUAGAGUGGCGGAAGUAAAGAGAAGAGCUGAAGAUGCGUCUUGUUGGAAUUGCGGACGUAAGGCCCACGAAACUUGUUCAGGUUGCAGCUUGGCCAGGUAUUGCGGAGCCUUUUGCCAACACAAAGACUGGGAGAACCACCAUCAGGUUUGUUCGAAGGAGAAAAUCAGACCAAUCAGGGUGUCGACGCCGAGUUCUACUGUGCAGGCGGUUACCGACGGGAAGUAUAAGAAGUGACAGUUAAAAAGACACAGAAGAGCUAGGAAAUUCGAUUAUUCCUAAUUUGGAAGUAUAAGAAGUGACAGUUAAAAAGACACAUAAGGGCUAGGAAAUUCUAUUAUUCCUAAUUUGGUUUUUAACGCUAUAGGUGUAUGGAAAUUAAUGUUUUUAACAUUUUAUUACCAGCGCAUUUCUUUUGAAUUUAGGGAUGGU